AAAAUGCCCGCAUCUCUUCGGUGGGCACCCGAGUAGUCAGUCUACGAGUUCGCCGAGUCCGAGUCCAUCUUGAUCUCGGUUAGCUUGUAAUAGAACACGUUCGGCGGGUAUUUGCACAUGGGCCGGCCUCACCUCGAUGUUUGAGCCUCGUGUUCCUCUUCGAACGGCUGUCUACGAGACAGAGGCACCCUUUUGUUCAACCAUUGUCCCGCAAAAGAGCCUGAACAUGUCACCUUUAACUGAAACAUCUUUGGUUCACUGCAGAGCGACGGAUUCUGUCACUGUCGUCAGCACCAAACAAUUGGGCGGUGUCCUUUGUACGAUGAACUUUGCAAACUCUCUUUUAGAGAUGGAGAUCAGCGAAGCUCGGAUUGCUUUGCAGAGAGAUGCAGAAGAGUUAUUGAACAUAGACUCCGUGGUUGACAGCCUACAGGCUGAGAUCGAGGCGAUACGCAUGCGCAUGGCUAUACAGCAAGAGCAGCGGCGCGCUGUAGAAACUCGCAUCCUCGAAAACAAAGCUCGCAUCAGUCCUGCGAGGUUCCUUCCUACAGAAAUUUUACAGCAAAUAUUCAAAUCCUGCCUCCCCAAUGAUCGAUAUGUCGUCCCCCACAUAAUGUCCGCCCCGCUUUUACUUUGCCAAAUUUGUCGCCGGUGGAGGAACAUUGCACUGACAACGCCAGAACUGUGGUCUUCUAUUGAUGUUCAUGACUGGGGCGUCUGGACUGCAGACUUUUACACGGCAAUGGUGGCACGCUGGCUUGCAGCAGCUCGUAACCGUCCGUUAGCUGUCAGCGUGAUGUGCCUUCAGAAGUGGGAUUGGUUUCGCCAGUACGAUCCAACACAGUCAGGGCUUUUCCGCCUACUUGCAUCACACUCGGCGCAAUUUCGUGAUCUUCAUAUACAGGCCAGCCGCGGCUACAUCGAUGCAUUUAUUGCCAGCGGUGCCUACGCUGUAAAACACAUCUUAAUAUCCGUCAUGCCGACGUCGUUCCUUGUCAACUCCGGACAUCCUCUUACCCUUGGCACGUCGAACAUUACGCACGUUGCUCUCUGUGGAAAGGAGGCGCUCAUCAAACUUAUUCCACGUGCCACAUUCCCUCAAAUUACCCACCUUACACUCGAUAGGCCAGGGGCAGAAGUCGACUUCAUGAAAAUCCUCCUUGACUUCCCAGCACUAGUCGAGCUGAAAGUCAAGCUUUUCUUCCACAACGAAAACUUGGAGAUAGUUCAUCCUCCCGCUGAUGCGAUGACCCUCAAGCAUCAGGCCUUGGAGAUAUUGAGUAUCUAUCUAUCAGAGGAUGCGCUUCAGUUCGGGGAUGUAACACCCCUAGCUCGCAUCUUUGAUUUGUUGUCUCUGCCGUCUUUGCGAGAGUUGGCCUUUGUUGCUCUUGGCCCAGGCUGGGAGGCUACUGUCGACGAAUGGCUUCCUGAUUCGGUGAAGGUGUUAUUCAGUGGGUCAUCAUGUUCGGCCAAACGCCUUCUUUACCGCAAUUUUAAACGCCCUCUGGACAUGAUUGACUGCCGUGAACAGCUUAGGACCCUCGCUAUUGACUUGAGGGUUGACAACGCAGGAUCCGGCUGUCAUUGGUAUGAUAUUGUAUCUCAGCAGUUUUAGCCUCACAUAUUUUCACGUGCACAUAUCACUAGGUAUUAGAUUUCUAUUGAUAGGGACAACGCAGGAGUGGAGUUGAGAUAUUAUGAUUGAUUUCUAGAUCUAAGAAAGUCUGUCUGCCCACACUGCGCCACAAGAGGAUAGAUAGCAGGGCACCCCGACAGCAUUUACUUGUGCGAUCCGAUAACGCUGAGCACGAACAAGCGCCUACUGAUAUCAUCUGCGCCCUCGGGCAUGAUCCCUGUCAUUUCUAUCCACCACUUGAGCUGGGCCCUCAGCUCAUCUGCGGAAUUUCUUUCGCUGAACAUAGACCUAUCGAGAAACACACAUAUCAGAGCCAAGUCAUUUAUAAAAU